UGGUUGCAGAACAAGGCCAGCCAGCCAGCCAGCUGUCACUGCUUGUCAAGGAAAACAGCGGACCUGUUCCCAGUCAGCCCCACCCUGUCUGACACUUCUAGUAGCUGAGACCAGAGCUGGAAACUCUCUGAAGACUUCUAACAGUCACUCAACACAAAAGGACAUUUAGGUUGCUGUUACACAAAUCAAAUUCAUUUGGGAGACAGAAGGAGGGACUGCAGUUGUCACUUUAACCCACGGAAUCAGGGGAACAUAGUUCAUGUUUAAACUUCUCCACAUACAAUGGGUGAUGGUUAUUGAAACAGCUCAAACCUCUACCACCGUGCAAGGCCUAUAGCUCGAGAGGCAGGCAGACCGUCCUAAACCAAGGGAUGGAUGCCUACAAGUACCCGCACAGCUAUGAGGGCUAUGCCCCUAACGAUGACUAUUACCGCGGCAGUGAGGCCAACCUGGAGGAGGAUGCUCAGAGUGAUGUCACAGAAGGCCAUGACGAGGAGGAUGAGAUCUAUGAGGGCGAGUACCAGGGCAUUCCUCACCCGGAGGAGGUCAAGAGCAAGCAGACAAAGACUGCAGCCCCCGGGGCAGGUGGUCUGCGGAGCCGGGCCGACUUGAUGGCUGAAAGGAUGGAGGAUGAGGAGCAGCUGGCCCACCAGUACGAGACCAUCAUGGAGGAGUGCGGCCAUGGGCGCUUCCAGUGGAUCCUCUUUGUUGUCUUGGGUUUGGCCCUAAUGGCUGAUGGGGUGGAGGUGUUCGUGGUGGCUUUUGCCCUGCCCAGCGCAGAGAAGGACAUGUGUCUGUCCAGUUCCAAGAAAGGCAUGCUUGGGCUGAUAGUCUACCUAGGAAUGAUGGCGGGGGCCUUCCUCCUGGGGGGCCUGGCAGACAAGUUGGGCAGGAAGAGGGUUCUCAGCAUGUCUCUGGCCAUCAAUGCCUCUUUCGCCUCCCUCUCCUCCUUUGUGCAAGGGUAUGGAGCCUUCCUCUUCUGCCGACUCAUCUCUGGAAUAGGUAUUGGAGGUGCACUGCCAAUUGUGUUUGCCUAUUUUUCGGAGUUCUUGUCUCGGGAGAAGAGAGGCGAGCACCUCAGUUGGCUGGGCAUCUUCUGGAUGACUGGGGGCAUCUACGCAUCUGUGAUGGCCUGGACCAUCAUUCCACACUACGGCUGGGGCUUCAGCAUGGGGACCAGCUACCACUUCCACAGCUGGAGAGUGUUUGUCAUCAUCUGCGCUCUGCCCUGCACCGUGUCCAUGGUGGCCCUGAAGUUCAUGCCCGAGAGCCCACGCUUUCUGCUGGAGGUCUGGGCUAAUGCUCUGUACUGUGUGAAGGGGCCCUAUAGAAUGAACACACUGGUUCUGGCUGUGGUCUGGUUUGCGAUGGCCUUAAGUUACUAUGGACUGACGGUUUGGUUCCCUGAUAUGAUCCGGUAUUUCCAAGAUGAAGACUACAAGUCGAAAAUGAAGGUAUUUUAUGGUGAGCAUGUGUCUGGUGCUACAAUCAACUUCACGAUGGAAAAUCAGAUUCACCAACAUGGGAAACUUGUGAAUGACAAGUUCACGAAGAUGUACUUUAAACACGUGCUUUUUGAGAACACGUUUUUUGAUGAGUGCUAUUUUGAAGAUGUUACAUCUACAGAUACCUAUUUCAAAAACUGCACCAUCGAAUCAACCCUGUUUUACAACACAGACCUCUAUGAACACAAGUUUAUCAACUGUCGGCUUAUCAACUCCACCUUCCUGGAGUCGAAAAAGGGCUGCCACAUGGACUUUGAGCAAGACAACGAUUUCCUGAUUUACCUGGUCAGCUUCCUCGGCAGCCUGUCUGUUUUGCCUGGGAACAUUAUUUCGGCGCUGCUCAUGGAUAGGAUAGGAAGGUUGAAGAUGAUUGGUGGCUCUAUGUUAAUCUCCGCAGUCUGCUGCUUCUUCCUGUUUUUUGGCAACAGUGAGUCUGCAAUGAUUGGCUGGCAGUGCCUGUUCUGUGGGACCAGCAUCGCUGCCUGGAAUGCUCUGGAUGUGAUUACCGUGGAGCUAUACCCUACCAAUCAGAGGGCAACAGCUUUUGGCAUCCUCAAUGGAUUGUGCAAGUUUGGUGCCAUCCUGGGAAACACCAUCUUUUCUUCUUUUGUUGGGAUAACCAAAGUGGUACCCAUCCUUCUGGCUGCUACUUCCCUGGUAGGAGGUGGCUUGAUUGCCCUUCGACUGCCAGAGACUCGGGAGCAGGUCUUGAUGUGAACAACCUGAGGAGAAAGGAAAGCUCUACGGGAAGAUCUGCGGAACCUUGACUAGAACCCUUAAUGGCACCCACGCUUCUUGUCUGUGACUGUCCACAGGGGAUCUUCGAUAGCCCAGGAGGAUAAGCUGAAUUUGUCGCCUCUAGUUUAGGACUCAUUUCUGCUGUUCAUAUGUUUAUAACUCAGGUGACUGAUUUGGGGGUGCCUGAGUCACCCUUAAGAUCAUAGAACUGUAGGUUCCAGGUCUUCCCAGCCCAAGGUAAUCGGAAGAAGGGUAAUACUAGUGAAUCAGUGCUCUAAGCAAGAUGUGUGCGUUUCCCCCAGUAGGGUUCCAAGACUUCAUUGCCUUUUAAAUGAUUCUAAGGGUGGGAAAUGCUUUUCCACAAAACUCCUGGGAGCCCAAGGAUCUAACAUUUUGACUUGGCUGGAGGUUAGAGUUAGCCAAUAAAUAUUGGAGUUGGUA